AUGCCCAAAAUCCAAAUUAUUGUACUACCUGCCCUUAAGCACACGACGAAAGGCUAUUCACUGAAGCCUCGCCUUGGACGAUAUCUUCAAACUGAGGGACAAUAUCUGAUUUCAUUCUUUGACAUCAAGAUGCUCAAUGAUCACUACGGGUGCCACGCUCAAUGUGGUACACCCGCCUGCUUUAAUGCUGGUGAGAUGAGACCGAAAAACUGUGCCGUAUGUAAUUGCCCUGAAGGAUAUGCUGGUGCUCAGUGCAAUCAACGA